AUGCGUCGAUGGAUAAACACAUCAUUAUACCUCUAUAUGGUAUUUGAUGUGGUCCUCACGAACUUGUCGUUUGGCUACUUCUCACCCGGUUGGAAGUUCGACACAGAAGCAUUUCUGAAUAUUUCAACAUUUUCUCUGCCAUAUCGCUUCACAAAGACUCCGUAUGAAUUCCAAAUUCUCAUGUUCAUCCGGCAAAUCAUAUGUGUCAUCGCUGUGCUUCUUAUCAUUUUUGACAAAAAAGACAAGACAAAGUACCUGUUCCCAGUCGUCACUUUCAAUGCCGUAUUCAGCUAUUCAUUUUCCCUGGUGAAAUUCCUUGCUUUCUCGGAAUAUACAGAACAACUUUAUUACCCUGGAGUAUAUAUUUCCGUUGGAUGGACAAUUCUCUCUGGAUUUGUUCAAGGUCUCGUGUGGUACUUCGUUCUCGCCUCUCAUCCAUUCGACUACCAUCGAUUGCUAAAUACAACGGCUAACAGUGAUGAUGUUCCUGCAGUAGAAACUGCAACUGACGCCACCACAGAAGCAACAUCUACGAGCAGCGUUGAAAAUGGAGUUUUCCCCACAAACGCUCCUCGACGUCCACUCCGAAAAGUUCUCCGGCAGCUGUUCUCCUACUGUGGACAUCAAUGGCCAUGGUUUGUUGCCGGCUUCUUUUUCCUCAACAUCUAUGCUCUAGCUCGUGUGUUCAUUCCAAACUAUACCGCCCAAGUCAUUGCCGACAUCGUGAACCAACGAGGAUUCGAUGCGCUCUUCCAUUCGAUCUUGAUUCUGUGUGCUCUCACAGCUACUAGUUCUUUCUUUGGUGGCCUUCGUGGUGGAUGCUUCGAUUACGCCACAGCUCUUGUCACACUUCGAAUUCGUUUGGAUCUUUUCACAUCGCUUAUCAGUCAAGAUAUUGCUUUCUUCGACACUUCCAAAACCGGAGAAACGAUGUCUCGACUCACCUCUGAUUGCCAAACGAUUUCUUCCACAGUUUCUACGAACGUUAACGUUUUCAUGCGAAACGGUGUGAUGCUCGUUGGAGCUCUGGUUUUCAUGUUUGUCAUGUCCUGGCGUCUUGCGAUGGUUACUUUCAUUGCAGUCCCAUUUGUCGGGUUCAUCACCAAAGUUUACAGCAAAUUUUACGAUAAAAUCUCGGAAACCUUGCAACAGACAAUCGCUGAUGCGAACCAAAUGGCUGAAGAAGUCAUUUCGACAAUGAGAACUGUCAGAAGUUUUGCUUGUGAAAAACGAGAGCAGAAGCGAUUUGAGAAUCUUUUGUCGAGCACACUGACUGUCAACCGGAAACGCGCUCUCGCUUACAUGGGCUACACCUGGAACAACGAAUUCUGUGAUAAUGCCAUUCUGAUCGCAGUCCUCUCCUAUGGAGGUCAUCUCGUUUUGACUGGAAAGAUGGGAAAGGAAGAAUUGAUUACUUUCCUUCUUUAUCAAAUGCAACUGGGAGAAAACCUUUAUAUGCUAUCGUAUGUGAUGUCUGGAUUGAUGGAGGCAGUUGGAGCAUCUAGAAAGGUCUUUGACUUAGUGGAUCGCAAACCUCAAUUCGAAUUGAAUGGAAGAGUCGAACCACGUGUCAAUGGGAACAUCACAUUCUCCAAUGUCGGAUUCACAUAUCCAUCUCGUCCCAACAACCCUGUGCUCAAGGAUUUAACUCUUAAUAUCAAAGCAGGAGAAACGGUAGCUCUCGUAGGCCCAAGUGGUGGAGGAAAAUCUUCAAUCGUUUCGCUCAUCGAACAUUUUUAUGAGCCCGACAAUGGAACGAUCACACUUGAUGAUGUACCGAUUAAGGAUAUCAAUCACGUCUUCUAUCAUCAAAAGGUAGCCCUAGUAGCCCAGGAACCUGUUCUCUAUAAUGGAUCCGUUCGUCACAACAUUCUCUACGGUUGCGAUUUUGCUACUGAAGAUGAUAUGCUGAACGCUUCUAAGAUGGCUAACGUUCAUGACUUUGUGAUGGAGUUGGAGAAAGGAUAUGACACUAACUGUGGAGAGAAAGGUGUUCAAAUGAGCGGUGGACAGAAGCAACGAAUCGCUAUUGCACGUGCGCUGGUGCGCAAUCCGGCUGUUCUCAUUCUUGAUGAAGCCACCAGUGCAUUGGACACGGAGUCUGAAGCUUUAGUUCAGCAAGCUCUCAGCAAAUGUGCUCAAGAACGAACUGUCAUCAUUAUCGCCCACCGUUUGUCGACUAUUGAGAAGGCUAACAAAAUCGCUGUGAUCGUCAAAGGACACCUCGUUCAGGUAACCAAAUUCUUCGUUAGAGCAACUCAUCGAGUUGUAAUUCCUGAAUUUCAGAUGGGUACACACAAUGAUCUGAUGACCGACACUGAUGGAAUGUAUUAUUCUCUUGUCUCUCGCCAAAUGCUGAACGCCAAAGUUGGAGACGAAUAG